AUGAAUUGCCUGGCUCUGUCUCUGGGCUUCGGCCUCUUGUUUCCGGUCCCUGAAACAUGGCUCUUUGCCUACUUUGCUUCCGUCUCGUGGGCUGACUCUCAGGGCCUGUUCCCAAGGCUGGAGAACGUUGCAGCUUUCAAGAAGGUUUCGGUGGUGCCAACCCAAGUGACGUGCGGAAUCCCAGCCCAAAGCACUUUCUGUCAGAGCUCUGCCACAGCUGAGGGCCUUCGGGUCUGUCCUCAGCGCCUCUGCGUUCAGGAUUGUCCUUACCGAUCAUCGCCCCCCACCUACACCAACCUCUUCUCAGCAGGCCUCAGGGGCUGCAUCACCAGAGACCAGCGUGACCUGAGUCCCAACUCCCAUAACCAUUCUGCAAGUUUCAUUUUUGGAAAUCACCAGAGCUGCUUUGCCUCUCCUCCUGCUCCCAGGCUGGCGGCAUCAUUUACCCUAGCUGUGUGGUUGAAACUUGAGCAAGGAGGUGUAAUGUGUGUUAUAGAAAAGACAUCGGAUGGGCAGAUUGUAUUCAAACUUACAAUAUCUGAGAAAGAGACCAUGUUUUAUUACCGCACAGUAAAUGGUUUGCAGCCUCCAAUAAAAGUAAUGACACUGGGGAGAAUUCUUGUGAAGAAAUGGAUUCAUCUUAGUGUGCAGGUACAUCAGACAAAAAUCAGUUUCUUCAUCAAUGGUUUGGAAAAGGAUAAUGCAGCUUUUGAUGCAAGAACUCUAAGUGGUUCAAUUACAGAUUUUGCCUCUGGUACUAUGCAAAUAGGACAGAGCUUAAAUGGUUCAGAGCAGUUUGUUGGAAGAAUGCAAGAUUUUCAAUUAUACCAAGUGGCGCUUACAAACAGAGAGAUUCAGGAAGUUUUCUCCGGAGAUCCACCCAGAUUGCAUAUCCAGUCACAUUGCCGUUGCCCUGGCAGCCACCCUCGUGUCCAUCGUUUGGAUCAGCGGUACUGCAUUCCUAAUGAUGCAGAAGACACAACCAAAAACAGGGUGUUACGGCUGAAUCCUGAAGCCCAUCCUCUUUCUUUUGUUAAUGAUAACAAUAUUGGUACUUCAUGGGUGUCACAUGUGUUUACAAACAUGACCCAGCUUAGUCAAGGAGUGACUAUUUCCAUCGAUUUGGAAAAUGGACAAUAUCAGGUGUUUUACAUUAUCAUUCAGUUCUCUAGUCCACAACCAACAGCAAUAAGGAUUCAGAGGAAAAAGGAGGACAGCCUAGAUUGGGAAGAUUGGCAGUAUUUUGCUAGAAAUUGCAGCACUUUCAGAAUGAAAAACAAUGGAGAUUUGGAAAAUUCUGAUUCUGUCAACUGUCUUCAACUUCCCAGUUUUACUCCAUAUUCCUGUGGUAAUGUCACCUUUAGCAUCCUAACACCUGGACCAAAUCAUCGUCCUGGAUACAAUAAUUUCUAUAAUACCCCAUCUCUUCAAGAGUUCAUUAAGGCCACACAAGUACGACUUCAUUUCCAUGGACAGUACCAUACAACUGAGACUCCUGUCAGCCCCAGACACAGAUACUAUGGAGUCAAUGAAAUUACCAUCACUGGAAGAUGUCAGUGCUAUGGUCAUGCCAAUCGCUGUGACACAACAAGCCAGCCCUAUAGAUGCCUCUGCUCUCAGGAGAGUUUCACUGAAGGACGUCAUUGUGAUCGCUGCCUGCCUCUUUAUAAUGACAAGCCUUUCCGCCAAAGUGAUCAUGUUCAUGCCUUUAACUGUAAACCCUGUGAGUGCAACAGCCAUUCCAGAAGCUGCCACUACAACAUGUCAGUGGAUCCCUUUCCAUCUGAGCACUACAGAGGAGGCGGAGGCGUCUGUGAUGACUGUGAGCAUAACACUGCAGGAAAGAACUGUGAGCUGUGUAAGGAUUACUUUUUCCGACAAGUUGGUGCAGAUCCUUCAGCCAUAGAUGUUUGCAGACCCUGUGAUUGUGAUAAAGUUGGCACCAGAAACACUAGCUUCCUUUGUGAUCAGAUCGGGGGCCAGUGUAAUUGUAAGAGACAUGUGUCUGGCAGACAGUGCAAUCAGUGCCAGAACGGAUUCUACAACCUCCAGGAGUGGGAUCCUGAUGGCUGCAGUCCGUGCAACUGUAAUACCUCCGGGACAGUGGAUGGAGAUAUUACCUGUCACCCAAAUUCAGGCCAGUGCAAGUGCAAAGCAAAUGUUAUUGGGCUCAGAUGUGAUCACUGCAAUUUUGGGUUCAAAUUUCUCCAAAGUUUUAAUGACGAUGGCUGUGAGCCCUGCCAGUGUAACCCCCACGGCUCAGUGAACAGACUCUGCAAUCCUAUUUCUGGGCAGUGUGAGUGCAAAAAGGAAGCCAGAGGACUUCAGUGUGACACCUGCAGGGAACACUUCUACGGACUGGACGCCGCUGGUUGUAAGGCCUGUGACUGUGACGUGGCGGGGUCCCGCUCUGGGACGGUCUGUGAUGCUUGGACGGGACAGUGCGUCUGCAAGUCCAACGUUGGGGGAAGACGCUGCAGUGAGUGUGUGGAGGGGUACUUCUACCAGCCGCAAAACCACUCUUUCCUCUGUCUGCCUUGUAACUGCGAUAGGACCGGGACUGUAAAUGGCUCUCUGCUCUGUGACAAAUCGACGGGACAGUGUCCCUGCAAAUUAGGAGUAACAGGUCUUCACUGUAAUCAGUGUGAGCCUCACAGGUACCAUCUGACCGUUGGCAGUUUUCAAGGCUGCCAGAUGUGUGAGUGUGACCCCCUGGGGACAUUACCUGGGACCAUUUGUGACCCACUCAGUGGCCAGUGCCCAUGUUUGCCUAAUCGUCAAGGAAGAAGGUGUAAUCAGUGUCAACCAGGCUUUUAUAUUUCUCCAGGCAAUGCCACUGGCUGCCUGCCAUGUUCAUGCCACACCACUGGUGCAGUUAAUCACAUCUGUAAUAGCUUGACUGGUCAGUGUGUUUGCCAAGAUGCUUCCAUUGCUGGGCAAAGUUGUGACUAUUGUAAAGAUCUUUACUUUGGAUUUGAUUCUCUAACUGGAAGAUGUCAGCCUUGCAAUUGUCAUCUCUCAGGAGCCUUAAAUGAAACCUGUCACUCGGUCACGGGCCAGUGUUUCUGUAAACGAUUUGUUACUGGAUCAAAGUGUGAUACCUGUGUUUCCAAUGCAAGCCAUUUGGAUAUCAGCAACCCAUUGGGCUGUAGCAAAACUCCAUCCCAGCAACCUCCACCCAGAGGACAAGUUCAAAGUUCUUCUGCUAUCAAUCUCUCCUGGAGUCCACCUGAUUCUCCAAAUGCCCACCAGCUUACUUACAGUUUAUUCAGGGACGGUUUUGAAAUCUACACAGUUGAAGAUCAAUACCCAUACAGUAUUCAGUACUUCUUAGACACUGCCCUGGUGCCAUAUACCUCGUAUUCCUAUUACAUCGUGAGCAGCAGCGUGCAUGGUUCAACACGAAGCGCGGCUGUCACCUACAGGACGAAACCAGGGGCCCCAGUGGGAAGUUUGAAUUUAAGUUAUGUUAGUCCUGUUAGCUCAGACUCUGUGACACUUACCUGGGCUUCACCUUCCGAUCGUUCUGGUCCCAUUGAGAAAUAUGUUUUGUCCUGUGCUCCUCUACAUGGUGUCCAGCCCUGCUCUCCCUAUGAAGGCCCCGAGACCACCGCCACCGUCUGGAAUCUGCUUCCAUUCACGAAGUACCGUUUUGCUCUGCAGGCAUGUACUAGCGGGGGCUGUUUACACAGCACCCCUUUGACAGUGACCACGGCCCAGGCAGCUCCCAGACGGCUGGGUCCACCCAAGGUGCGGAAGAUCAGCUCCACAGAGCUUCACGUAGGAUGGACUCCACCAAUAGAACCAAAUGGCAUAAUUAUAAGAUAUGAACUGUAUAUGAAAAGACUGAAGUCUAGUGGAGAAACAAGGUCAGCGGAAAGUCAAGUUUUUCAGAGCAGUGGCUGGCUCAGUCCUCACCCACCUGCAGAGUCAGCCAAUGAAAAUGCUCUAGAACCUCCAGAAACAAGCACGGUCAUCACUGGCUUGGAGCCUUAUACCAAGUACAAGUUUAGAGUCUUAGCUGCGAACAUGGCUGGGAGUGUGUCUUCUGCCUGGACCACAGGAAGAACGGGAGAAUCAGCGCCUGUAUUUGUGAUGCCGCCUUCAGUCUCCGCACUGUCUCCUUACUCGCUCAAUGUGUCCUGGAAGAUGCCACCGGACAGUGUAACAAGAGGAAAAGUUGUGGGGUACAACAUCAGUAUGAUUUCUGAACAGUCACCUCAAUGGUCUCAUCCAGUGGUGGUUCCACAGGUAUUGUACACUGCUAAAUCCCAAGAACUAUCUUAUAUUGUAAAAGGACUAAAACCUUACAGGAUAUACAACUUUACUAUUUCUCUCUGCAAUUCAGUUGGCUGUGUAACCAGUGCUCCAGAAGCAGGACAGACUUUAGCGUCAGCACCAGCCCAACUGAGGCCGCCUCUGGUUGAAGCAAUCAACAGCACAACCAUGCGUCUUAGCUGGCUGGCGCCUGAAGAGCAGAAUGGACCUUCUCCUGUGUAUCAACUGGAAAGGAGGGAGCCAUCUCUUCCGGCUCCGAGGGCCGUGGUGACGAAGGGGACUCGCUUCACAGGACAUGGAUAUUAUAAGUUCCCCAGCUCCACCCACCCAGUCAAUACAGACUUCACGGGUAUUAAAGCCAGCUUUCGAACAAGGGUGCCUGAAGGUUUGAUUGUCUUUGCGGCAUCACCUGGCAAUCAGGAAGAGUAUUUUGCAAUUCAGUUGAAGAAUGGACGCCCGUAUUUUCUUUUUGAUCCUCAGGGGUCUGCAGUGGAAGUUACCACAACUAAUGAUGAUGGCAAACAAUAUAGUGAUGGCAAAUGGCAUGAAGUAAUUGCUAUUAGGCAUCAAGGUUUUGGCCAAAUCACUCUUGAUGGGCAGUUCACAGGCUCUUCCGCCACCAUGAAUGGUGGUACUGUUAUUGGAGAGAACACAGGAGUGUUUGUGGGUGGGCUGCCACAGGGUUACACCAUCCUCAGAAAGGAUUCUGGCAUAGUCCAAAAGGGUUUUGUGGGCUGUCUCAAGGAUGUGUAUUUUAUGAAGAAUUUUAAUCCCUCUGCUACUUGGGAGCGUCUGGUUUGGCAGAGUUCUGAAGAGCAAACCAAUGUGCAUAAUGACUGGGAGGGAUGCCCCACUUCACUCCAAGAGGGAGCCCAGUUUCUAGGGACAGGGUUCCUGGAGCUUUAUCCAUACUUGUUUCAUGGUGGAAUGGACUUUGAAAUUUCUUUUAAGUUCAGAACUGACCAACUGAAUGGAUUGCUGCUUUUCAUUUACAACAAAGAUGGACCUGAUUUUCUUGCUAUGGAACUGAAGAGUGGAAUAUUGAGCUUCCGGUUAAAUACUAGUCUUACUUUUACACAAGUGGAUCUUUGGCCGGGGCUGUCCUACUGUGAUGGAAAGUGGAAUAAAGUGAUCAUUAAAAAAAAUGAUUCUGUCAUAUCAGCAAGCAUGAAUGAACUGAUGGAGCACGUGUCAGAGUCCAGAGCCCAGGCACUGAUGGUGAAUUCCGCCGUCUAUGUGGGAGGAGUCCCACAGGAGCUGCGUGACUCCUAUAAACACCUGAAGCUGGAACAAGGUUUCGGUGGUUGCAUGAAGGAUGUGAAGUUUGCACGGGGUGCCGUCAUUAACUUGGCAUCCGUGUCCAGUGGUGCUGUCAGAGUCAAUCUGGAUGGAUGCUUGUCAACUGACAGUGCUGCUAAGUGCAGGGGAAAUGACUCCAUCCUGGUGUACCGGGGAGAAGAGCGGACUGCUUAUGAGAGCCGUCUCCAGCCGUUCACAGAAUACCUGUAUCGAGUAACAGCCUCACAUGAAGGAGGUUCGGUACAUAGCGACUGGAGCCGGGGACGCACAACAGGAGCAGCUCCACAAAGUGUGCCGACUCCCUCAGGAGUCCGCAGCAUAAAUGGCUAUAGCAUCGAGGUGACCUGGGAUGAACCUGUUGUGGCUAGAGGUGUAAUUGAGAAGUAUAUCCUGAGAGCCUACAGUGAGGACACCCCUGGUCCACCCCGCAUGCCCUCUGCCAGCUCUGAGCUUGUCGAUACCAACACCUUCACAGGCACACUGACAGGCUUGCUGCCCUUCAAAAACUAUGCAGUAACCCUCGCUGCUUGCACGUUGGCUGGCUGUACUGAGAGCUCGCAUGCAUUGAACAUCUCUACUCCACAAGAAGCCCCACAACAGGUUCAGCCACCAGUAGCCAAAUCCCUUCCCCAUUCUUUGUUACUCUCCUGGAAUCCACCUCAAAAAGCAAAUGGUAUUAUAACUCAGUACUCUUUAUACAUGGAUGGGAUGCUAAUCUACUCAGGCAAUGGAGAGAACUACACAGUCACAGAUUUAGCAGCAUUUACGCCCCACCGAUUUCUGCUCAGUGCUUGCACACAUGUGGGAUGUACAAACAGUUCCCUGGUCAUACUGUCCACCGCACAGCUACCACCAGAACACGUGGAUCCCCCAGUUCUGACUGUCCUGGAUUCUAAAACUGUAUACAUUCAGUGGAAAAAACCAAGAAAAGUAAAUGGAAUUCUAGAGCGCUAUAUAUUAUAUAUUUCAAAUCACACACAUGAUUUUACAGUUUGGGAUGUCAUCUAUAACAACACAGAACUUUUUCAGGAUCACACUCUGCAGUACCUUUUACCUGGCAAUAAAUAUCUCAUCAAACUGGCAGCUUGCACAUGGGGUGGGUGCACAGUGAGUAAGGCCAGCCAGGCCCUGACUGAGGAGAGGAUCCCCGAAGGUGUGCCGGCUCCCAGAGUGAACCCAGACUCCUCUCACUCCUUUAACAUCUCCUGGACUGAGCCUGAGUAUCCGAAUGGUGUUAUCACAAGUUACGGGCUGUAUCUCGACGGUAUAUUAAUUCACAACUCUUCAGAAUUCAGUUGUCAUGCUUCUGGAUUCGCUCCUUGGAGCUUGCAUUCCUUCAGGGUCCAAGCCUGCACCGCCAGAGGUUGUGCUCUGGGCCCACUGGUGGAAAAUCGAACUCUAGAAGCUCCUCCUGAAGGAACAGUAAAUGUGUUUGUCAAAACAGAAGGAUCCCGAAAAGCCCACGUAAGGUGGGAACCACCUUUUCACCCUAAUGGACGCUUGAUAUACUCAGUCCUUUUUACUGGCACUUUCUAUGCUGACCAAGCAGGUGAUAACUACACUCUUCUGAAUGGCACACAAAUCAUGCACAGUGGUGAAGAGACCAACCUUUGGGUGCUCAUCAAUGGAUUGGUUCCUUUUACAAACUAUACAGUACACGUGAAUGUUUCCAAUAGCCAAGGCAGCUUGAUGAGUGAUCCUGUAAUGAUUUCAAUGCCUCCAGGGGCUCCAGAUGGCGUGCUGCCUCCGAGGCUUUCAUCUGCCACUCCAACCAGUCUUCAGGUUGUCUGGUCUACACCAGCUCGGAACAACGCCCCCGGCUCUCCCAGAUACCAACUCCAGAUGAGGCCUGGCCACUCCACCCAUGGGUUUCUAGAGCUAUUUUCCAAUCCUUCUGCAUCGUUAAACUAUGAAGUGAGAGAUCUCCAACCGUACACGGAGUAUGAAUUUCGGUUGGUUGCCUCCAAUGAAUUUGGCAGUGCCCAUAGCUCUUGGAUUCUGUUCAUCACCGCAGAGGACAAACCUGGACCUAUAGACCCUCCAAUUAUUCUGGACAAGAAGUCGAGAAUGAUACUGGUCACCUGGCAGCAUCCUUUAAAGUGCAACGGGCUCAUUACCCAUUAUAACAUUUACCAACAUGGCCGCCUCAGCUUGAAAACUUCUGGAAAUGUCACUAAUGGCACAGUGACCCAUUUACGCCCAUAUACGGCCUACACGUUUCAAGUAGAAGCUUGUACUUCAAAAGGGUGUUCCCUGUCAGCAGAUUCCCAGACCGUUUGGACACUCCCAGGUGCACCAGAAGGUAUCCUGAGUCCAGAGCUGUUCUCUGAUACCCCAACAUCCGUGAUCAUAUCUUGGCAACCCCCUGCCCAUCCCAACGGCCUGGUGGAGAACUCCACCAUCCAGAGAAGGGUCCAAGGGAAGGAGGCAGUCACCACCCUGGUGACUCUCCCAGGAAGUCAUCCCAGGAGGUUUAUCGACAAGACUUCUGCUCUUAGUCCGUGGACAAAAUAUGAGUAUCGAGUGCUAAUGAGCACUGCUGAUGGAGGGACAAACAGCAGUGAUUGGGCAGAAGUGACCACGAGACCCUCGCGACCUGCUGGGGUGCAGCCCCCCGAGGUGGAUGUGUUAGGACCCAACGCAGCCAAGGUCACUUGGAAGCCCCCACUCAUCCUGAAUGGAGACAUCCUUAACUACGAGAUCCGCAUGCCUGACCCUCACAUCACCAUCACCAAUGUUACUUCUUCUGUGUUAAGUUAUGUCGUUACUCAUCUGAUUCCUUUCACUAAUUACUCCGUCACCAUUGUGGCUUGCUCAGGGGGUAACGGGUAUCUAGGGGGGUGCACAGAGAGCUUCCCUACCCACGUGACCACCCCUCCCACCCUGCCGCAGGAUCUUGGCCCAUUGUCCGUGGUUCCACUAAGUGAAUCAUAUGUUGGGAUUUCCUGGCAGCCACCAUCCAGGCCAAAUGGACCUGAUGUGAGAUAUGAGCUUCUGAGACGUAAAAUCCAGCAACCACUUGCAUCAAAUCCCCCAGAAGAUUUAAAUAUGUGGCACAAUAUUUAUUCAGGAACUCAGAGGGUUUAUGAAGAUAAGGGUCUUAGCAGGUUUACGACGUAUGCGUAUAAGGUCUUUGUACAUAACAGUGUUGGUUUUACACCAAGUCAAGAAGUGACAGUGAAAACAUUAGCUGGACUUCCAGAGAGAGGAGCCAAUGUCACUGCGGUUGUUCUUAACCACACGGCCAUCGACGUAAGAUGGGUGAAACCAACUUUUCAAGACCUACAAGGUGAUGUUGAGUAUUAUACACUUUUUUGGAGUUCUGCUACCUCCAAUGAAUCUCGAAAAAUCCUCCCAGAUGUAAACUCUCACGUCAUUGGCCACUUAAAUCCAAACACAGAGUAUCGGAUUUUCAUCUCUGUUUUCAACGGAGUCGCCAGCAUAAACAGUGAAGUGCUGUAUGCAACCACUUGCGAUGGGGAGCCUCAGGGCAUGCUUCCUCCAGAGGUUGUCAUCAUCAACAGUACAGCUGUCCGUGUCAUCUGGACAGCUCCUUCAAACCCAAAUGGUGUUGUCACUGAGUAUUCCGUCUAUGUAAAUAAUCAGCUCUACAAGACUGGAAUAAAUGUGCCCGGGUCUUUCAUUCUGAGAGAGCUGUCUCCCUUCACUGUCUAUGACAUCCAGGUUGAAGUCUGCACAAAAUAUGCCUGUGUAAAAAGCAACAGAACCCAAAUGACCACUGUGGAAGAUACUCCAAGUGAUAUACCGACUCCUACCAUUCAUGGCAUCACUUCAAGAUCCCUUCAAAUUGAUUGGAUGUCUCCAGGGAGGCCAAAUGGCAUCAUUCUUGGAUAUGAUCUCUUACGGAAAACGUGGCGCCCAUGCUCUAAAACUAAGAAGUUAGUGAAGGACCACACUGGUGGACUCUGUGAGGCAGUGGAGUGUCAAAAACAUGAAUCUCUUUGUGGAACCAGGUGCUACUCCCCUGAGGCUAAGGUUUGUUGUAAUGGAGCUCUCUAUGACCCUCAGCCUGGACAUGCCUGUUGUGAAGAGAAGUACAUAGCACUUGUUUUGAACUCAACUGGAGUUUGUUGUGGUGGCCGCAUACGAGAGACACAAUCAAAUCAUCAGUGUUGCUCAGGGUAUUAUGUUAGAAUUCUACCAGGUGAAGUAUGUUGUCCAGAUGAGCAGCACAAUCGGGUUUCCGCUGGCCUAGGCAACUCCUGCUGUGGCAGAAUGCCGUACUCCACCUCAGGAAAGCAGAUUUGCUGUGCUGGGAGGCUCCAUGAUGGCCAUGGCCAGCAGUGCUGUGGUGGACAGAUUGUGAGCAAAGAUUUUGAGUGCUGCGGGGGAGAGGAAGAGGGUGUGGUAUACAGUCGCCUUCCAGGGAUGUUCUGUUGUGGGCUGGAUUAUGUGAAUAUGUCAGAUACCAUAUGCUGCUCAGCUUCCAGUGGAGAGUCUAAAGCACAUGUUAAAAAGAAUGACCCAGUGCCAGUAAAAUGCUGUGAGACUGAACUUAUUCCAAAGAGCCAGGAAUGCUGUAAUGGAGUUGGAUAUAAUCCUUUGAAAUAUGUUUGCUCUGACAAGAUUUCAACUGGAAUGAUGAUGAAGGAAAUGAAAGCAUGCAGAACCCUCUGCCCGACAUCCAUGGAAGCCACGGCACACUGCAGCAGGUGCGACUUCAACUUUACCAGCCACGUUUGUACUGUGAUAAGAGGCUCUCACAAUUCCGUAAGGAAGGAAUCAAUGGAAGAACUAUGUUCAUCUGCUGAAGAGGCUGUUCAUACGGGAAGUGUAAACACACUCUCCUUCACAGAUGUGAACCUGGAGCCCUACAUGAUGUAUGAAUAUAGGAUUUCUGCAUGGAAUCGCUAUGGGCGAGGAUUCAGCAAGGCAGUUAGAGCCAGAACAAAAGAAGAUGUGCCUGAAGGAGUGAGUCCCCCCAGGUGGACAAAAAUGGAUCAUCUUGAUGAUGUAAUAGUCUUAAGCUGGAAGAAACCUAUACAAUCAAAUGGUCCUAUUAUUGCCUACAUUCUUCUCCGAAAUGGGAUUGAAUGUUUUCGAGGAACAUCACUGAGCUUCUCUGAUACAGAAGGAAUUCAGCCCUUUAUGGAAUAUUCAUAUCAGCUGAAAGCUUGCACAGUUGCUGGCUGUACCACCAGCAGCAAGGUCGUUGCAGCUACCACCCAAGGAAUCCCGCAGAAUAUCCCUCCGCCUAGAGUUACGGCCCCCAGUGCAGAGGCUCUGCAUGUGAGUUGGCAUGUCCCUCCAAAGCCAAAUGGCGUCAUUAAAGAGUACCAGCUCAGGCAGGUCGGGAAAGGUCUCAUCUACACUGGCACCACUGACAAGAGGCAGCAUACGGUCACAGGUCUCCAGCCAUACACCAACUACAGCUUCACACUUAGAGCUUGUACAUCUGCUGGAUGCACUUCAAGUGAGCCUUUUCUAGGUCAGACUCUGCAGGCAGCCCCUCAAGGAGUUUGGGUGACACCUCGACACAUUGUUGUCAAUUCUACAACAGUGGAGUUAUUUUGGAGCCCGCCAGAAAAGCCCAAUGGCCUCAUUUCUCAAUAUCAAUUGAGUCGUAAUGGAAGCUUGAUUUUCCUGGGGGGCAGUGAGGAGCAGAAUUUCACUGAUAAAAACCUGGAGCCCAACAGCAGAUAUGUUUAUAAGUUAGAAGCCACAACUGGAGGUGGCAGCAGUUCAAGUGAUGAGUACAUUAUACAGACACCUAUAUUAACGCCGGAAGAAAUCCAGCCUCCAUAUAACAUCACAGUAAUUGGGCCUUAUUCCAUAUUUGUAGCUUGGACACCACCAGGGAUCCUUGUCCCUACAAUGCCUGUGGAGUACAAUGUCUUACUCAAUGCUGGAAGUGCAACACCUUUGAUCUCCUCUGUUGGUCAUCAUCAAUCAAUCCUUCUGGAAAACUUGGCUCCAUUCACACAGUAUGAGAUAAGGAUACAAGCAUGCCAAAAAGGAGGCUGUGGAGUUAGCAGUAGGAUGUUUGCCAAAACAGCUGAAGCAGCCCCCAUGGAUCUAAAUUCUCCUAUUCUUAAGGCACUGGGGUCAGCUUGCAUAGAAGUUAAAUGGAUGCCACCUAAAAAACCAAAUGGAGUCAUCACCAACUACUUUAUUCACAGACGUCCUACUGACAUUGAAGAGGAAUCCCUUGUGUUUGUCUGGUCAGAAGGAGCCCUUGAAUUUAUUGAUGAUGCAGACACUUUGAGGCCUUUCACACUCUAUGAAUAUCAGGUCAGAGCCUGUAACUCCAAGGGCUCUGUGGAGAGUCUGUGGUCAUCAGCACGGACUCUGGAAGCCCCACCUCAAGAUUUUCCAGCACCUUGGGCUCAAGUCACUGGCGCCCAUUCAGUUCUGCUUAACUGGACCGAGCCGGACUCUCCCAAUGGCAUCAUCUUCCAGUAUCGUGUGGUUUACCAACAGAGAACUGAUGACCCGACCUUGAACUUCUCUGCAGUGCAUGCUUUCACAGUGAUGGGAACCAGCUAUCAAGCCCACCUCUUUGGGUUGGAACCCUUCACCACAUAUCACGUUGGUGUUGUGGCCACAAACCAGGCAGGAGAAGUUUCAAGCCCCUGGACUCCGGUUCAGACCCUCGAAUCUUCCCCCAGUGGGCUGAGCAACUUCACAGUAGAGCAGAAAGAGAAUGGGCGGGCGUUGCUGCUACAGUGGUUGGAGCCUGCGAGAACCAAUGGUGUGAUUAAGACAUACAAUGUCUUCAGUGAGGAGGUCCUGGAAUACACUGGCCUGAAUCGUCAGUUUCUCUUCCGACGCUUGGACCCCUUCACACUCUACACCCUGACCCUGGAGGCCUGCACCAGGGCGGGCUGUGCACACUCGGUGCCCCAGCCUCUCUGGACAGAGGAAGCCGCCCCCCAGUCUCAGCCAGCUCCCACCAUCCAGUCAGUGGGCUCCACCAGCGUGGAGCUGAGCUGGUCGGAGCCCAUUAAACCCAAUGGAAAGAUAAUUCGCUAUGAAGUGAUUCGCAGAUGCUUCAAGGGAAAAGCUUGGGGGAAUCAGACAAUCCAGGAUGAUGAGAAAAUUGUUUUCAUAGAAUCUAAUACUGAGAGGAAUACAUUUAUAUAUAAUGACACAGGUCUGCAGCCAUGGAUGCAGUGUGAAUACAAAGUUCGCACUUGGAACUCAGCCGGCCACACCUGCAGCUCUUGGAGCGGGGUGAGGACCAGGCAAGCACCUCCGGACGGCCUCUGUCCACCUGAGGUAGCCCAGGUAUCCGUGGAUCCCCCCAAAGUGCUGAUUGCCUGGGUCCCUCCAGAACAGCCUAAUGGCAUCAUCCAGUCCUACAGGCUGCAGAGGAACGGAGUGCUUUAUCCUUUCAGCUUUGAUGCUGUGACUUUCAAUUACACCGAUGAGAAGCUGCUCCCUUUCUCCACGUACAGCUAUGGGGUCACAGCCUGCACCAGUGGGGGCUGCUCUGCCAGCACGACCACCAGCAUCACAACCCUUGAGGCUGCCCCUGCAGGGGUCCACCCUCCAGCUCUGAGGACCAUCAGCGCCACUCAGAUAAACGUAUCUUGGUCCCCGCCGUCGAUUCAGAAUGGAGAGAUCACUCAGUAUUUCCUCAGAGUGGAUGGUAAGGAGUAUCUCGCUGGGCAGAACCUGACUCUGUUGGUUUCCCACCUGCGGCCUUACACGCAGUAUAAUUUCUCCCUGGUGGUGUGUACCAACGGAGGCUGCACAGCAAGUGUGCCAGAAUCUGCCUGGACAAUGGAGGCCCCACCACGGGACAUGGACCCUCCAAAACUGCAAGUUACAGGCUCAGAAUCCAUAGAAAUCACCUGGAAACUGCCCAGAAUCCCAAAUGGCCGGAUCAGAAGCUAUGAGCUGAGGAGGGAUGGAACAAUUGUGUACACUGGCCUGGAAACUCGCUAUCAUGACUUUACCCUCACCCCAGGUGUGGAGUACGGCUAUACGGUGAUGGCCAACAACAGCCAAGGGGGUGUUUUGAGUCCACUUGUCAAAGAUCGAACCAGCCCCUCAGCACCUUCAGGGAUGGAACCUCCAAGAUUGCUGGCCAAGGGCCCUCAGGAGAUCUUAGUGACCUGGGACCCUCCAGUAAGGACAAAUGGUCUUAUUGUCAACUAUACCCUCUUCAUCCGUGAGCUGUUUGAAAGAGAAACAAAAGUCAUACACAUAAACACAACUCGUAAUUCCUUUGGUUCACAGUCAUUCAUGGUAAACCAGUUGAAACCAUUUCACAGGUAUGAAGUUCGAAUCCAAGCCUGCAGCAGGCUGGGCUGUGUGUCAAGUGACUGGACGUCCAUAGAGACCCUGGAGGUUGCACCACGGCAGCAACCCCCUCCCCAUCUGGAGGUGCAGAUGCCUCCAGGGGGUUUCCAGCCCACCGUUUCCCUUCUGUGGACAGGACCCCUCCAACCAAAUGGAAAAGUUUUAUAUUAUGAAUUGUACAGAAGACAAAUAGCAACUCAGCCUGAGAAGUUAAAACCAGUGCUAGCCUAUAAUGGAAGCUCAAGCUCCUUUAUGGAUGUCGAACUACUGCCUUUUACAGAGUAUGAAUACCAGGUCUGGGCCGUGAAUUCAGCAGGAAAAGCCCCCAGCAGCUGGACGCGGUGUAGAACUGGACCUGCCCCGCCAGAAGGUCUCAGGGCCCCCAAGUUCCACGCGAUCUCUGCCACCCAAGCAGUUGUCAACAUCAGCGCCCCCCAGAAGCCCAACGGGAUUGUCACUCUCUACAGACUGUUCUCCAGGAGCACCAGCGGGGCCCAGACAGUGCUGGCUGAAGGCCUGGCCACCCAGCAGACUCUUCACAGCCUGCAGCCCUUCACGACCUACUCCAUUGGGGUGGAGGCCUGCACUUGCUUCAAUUGUUGCAGCCAAGGGCCAACAGCAGAGCUGAGAACUCCUCCUGCUCCACCCACAGGAUUGUCCUCUCCGAAAAUCCAGAUGCUGGCCUCGAGGACAGCCUCCUUCCAGUGGAGUCCGCCGCUGUUCCCCAAUGGUGUUAUUCAAAGCUAUGAGCUCCAACUCUACAUGGCAUGCCCUCCAGAUUCAGCCACCCCCUGUAGCCCCAGCCAAACCGAGACCAAGUACAUGGGGCCAGGGCACAGAGCCAGCCUCGAGGGUCUCCAGCCCUACACCACCUACAAGCUGAGGGUGGUGGCCCACAACGAGGUGGGCAGCACGGCCACUGAAUGGAUCAGCUUCGUCACCCAGAAAGAACUGCCGCAGUACCGCGCCCCGUUCUCGGUGGACGGCAACCUGUCCGUGGUGUGUGUCAACUGGACCAGCUCCUUCCUGCUGAACGGGCGGCUGAAGGAGUUCGUCCUGACCGACGGAGGACAGCGCCUCUACAGUGGCCUCGACACCACCCUCUACAUCCCGAGGACCGCGGACAAAACUUUCUUUUUCCAGGUCAUCUGCACUACAGAAGAAGGAAGUGUUAAGACGCCUUUGAUUCAGUAUGAUACUUCCACUGGAUUUGGCUUGGUGCUGACAACUCCUGGAGAAAAGAAAGGAUCAGGAAGCAAAAGCAGGGAGUUCUACAGCGAGCUGUGGUUCAUAGUGUUAAUGGCAGUGCUGGGCUUGAUCUUGUUGGCCAUUUUCCUGUCCCUGAUACUACAGAGAAAAAUCCACAAAGAACCAUAUAUCAGAGAGAGGCCUCCCCUAGUGCCUCUUCCAAAACGAAUGUCUCCAUUGAAUGUCUACCCACCUGGGGAAACCCACAUGGGCUUAACUGAUACCAAAAUCCCCCGGUCUGGGACACCUGUGAGCAUUAGGAGCAACCGAAGCCUGUCUGUUCUGCGCAUCCCAAGUCAGAGUCAAGUCAGUCAGAUCUAUUCCCAAGGCUCUCUCCACCGGAGUGUCAGCCAGCUCAUGGACAUUCAAGACAAGAAGGCCUUGACAGACGACUCGCUGUGGGAAGCCAUCAUGCGCCAUGACAGCGGACUGUAUGUGGAUGAAGAGGACCUGAUGAAUGCCAUCAAGGGUUUCAGCUCUGUGACUAAGGAACACACCGCAUUCACCGACACCCACCUGUGA